AUUGAAAACCAGGCAGGCCAUAGGCAAGCGUGUUUACCAAUAACUCAUCCACCCACUCCACUCUUCAGCCACCAGCCCACCGUCUGCCGUCACAGCCCCUCGCCGGAGCAGGAAGCAACACCUUCUGUUCACUACUACAAUAAUGGGCAAUAGCUACCAAAACUUCCUACCGAAAAGAGCAGUGGCAAAUUUAUCUAAGCUAAAUACAAAUAAGCUUUUAGUGUGGUAGCAAACUAGCAACAUGAAAUUUUAAUCAGGUCGCGCUAAACCUCCCCUCCGCCCGUACGACCUCUAAAUGAAAAGUUUAUAAGGGUUUUGUGUGUAUCAUUCAACAAUCGAACAAAUCAAUCGCUAGAAGUAAUCGGUACAGAUCAAUCGCUAACGAGAUUGCGACUUAAGCCAGAACCUAUCCAUCGGAGUUCCUGUACGAUUAUGUAAGCCUGCGUGCUUAAAGCGUGAAGCGAUGAAGCGUUUGGAAAAGCGCUUUUUUCGGUCUGAAGCGUCAUAACACAUGAAGCGCUUUGAGGCGAGCUUUAAGCGCGAUACCCCAAUCUGCAGGCCGGUCAAGGGGGUAAUAGGCCGCAGCAAGGUGGUGCGCCUUACAUGGGUCAUGGUCGCUAGAUUCCACCAAGUUUUUGUUUUCGACGCCGCUGAAUCUUUAGAAGGUUUCACAAGUACUCAACGGAAGGGCAAGAGGAGUGGUGGUAGCACCAACAACGAUUGCGUCACGGUUCAUUGGACCUACAUGGAAGGGUGCUGUUAUAAUUUCAUUUGUGUGGUUUUUGCAUCGAUGGAAAACAAAUGUUAUCACACGUGCGUUGGUAAUGAAGUAUGUAGAGGGUGUUGACCGUGAUAAGCUGUUGACUUUGGACAAGUUCUCUUCUGUUGGCGUGUUUGUCCUUGAUGGUAUGGCUUUAGCUGAGGCCUGUUGGGUUAAAUAUGAAGGUUUUCUUGAGGAGAAGUAUGGGAAAGAACAUAAUAAACAUCCAAAAUUUGACAAAGACUUGUGGUCACGAGCCGAGGGCAAGAAGAAAGGAAAAGUGUACGGGUUAGGCAAUGAUAGUGACCCGUGUGUACAUAGGAGAGAAGACCCUAAGAUUGAAAAGUUGAACUUAGUUAUCAUGGAGCUCGUUAAGGAAAAAGAUGAAGAAAAAGAAAGGUUCAAUGGAAUUAUUGCGGGGUUGUUGGCUGACAAAGAAAAAGAUAAGGUGGAUAAAGAUGCGUUGCUUGAUAGGAUGUCACAAAUUGAAGCUAUGUUAACAGCUACAGUUCGAAAAUAGGCUAUAAACACUUGGUUUUGAAUGUUUACAUGUUUAUCUUAUUAGAAUGAUUUUAGUUGGUUUAUAUUUUAGUUGGUAUUUUUCAUAUGCUUUUAAAAACAAGAUGUUUUAUAUAAUUAUGGGAUUUUAUUAGACUUUUUUUUA